UUGUGCCUCCCAGUGCGGGUCACCACCUCGGCGCCCCUCCCGGGGGCACAGGUCCGGCCCGAUGGCGCAGCUGUGGCUGCUCUGCUUUCUACUUCCUGCCCUCAUGGGGUCUGUGACAGCCAAUAAGCCCCCCAAAUUCACAAGUAACAUAACAAACCUCGUUGUCCUACCUGAGGAUCUACCAGUGGGUGCGGAGGCCUUCUGGUUGUAUGCUGAAGAUGAAGAUAACGAUGCACUGACCUAUGCAAUGAGUGGCGAGGACUCCACUUUCUUCUCUGUCAACCCAAGGACUGGGGAAGUGAAGGUGGCCAGUUCUCUAGACUACGAGACAGACUACUUCCUCUCCUUUGAGGUCUCUGUGAGAGACCCAUACAACGCACCGGUGGUGGCCACAAUGAAGGUACUCCUAGAAGACAGAAAUGACAACAUCCCUGUCUUCCAGGACACCAGCUUGUCCACCAGCAUCAAUGAGACCCUGCCGGUUGGCUCGGUGGUGUUCUCGGUGCUGGCGGAAGACAAGGACUCUGGGACAGGGGGCACGGUGGAGUAUUUCAUAGAAAAGGUCACCCCUAACUCGGUGGAGAACCAGCACCUCUUCCGGAUCCUGGACAACGGCUCCAUCAUCCUCAAUGGCAGCCUCAGCUACAAUAACAAGAGCUCCUUCUACCAGUUGGAGCUGAAGGCCUGUGAUUUAGGAGGCCUACUGAAUGGCAAGAACAUCACCCAUUGCUCCCAGCCCGUCUACCUGUCCAUCUCCGUGGUGGACCAGGCGGAUCUGGACCCCCAGUUUGUCCGGGAUUUCUACUCGGCCUCCGUGUCUGAGGAUGCAGCUCUGGGAAGCUCUGUGUUGGCGGUGGAGGCUGUGGACGGCGACAGAGGCGUCAAGGACCCUGUGAUCUACAGCAUCUCUAACUCUACCAAGUCUGGAUGGUUCGAGAUCGAGACUGAGGGGGGAGUGGGGGUCAUCAGGGUUAAUGACACCCUAGACCGAGAGCAGCUGCUGCAGGAGGAUGAGGAGGUGCAGGUUCAGGUCACGGCCACGGAGGAGCAUCUCAACAUCUACGGUCAGGAAGCCCAGGCGAGCGUGUGGGUCACCAUCCGGGUGACGGAUGUCAACGAUCACAAGCCGGAGUUUUACAACUGCAGCCUGGAAAGCUGCGCCUUCACGGCGGACGAGGCCCAGGCCAGCUUCACGGGCUGGGUGGAGGAGCACGCCGCCUCCCGCAUCCCCAUCGAAGGUCUCACCAUGGUGGCCUACGACCCCGACAAGGGCAGGAAUGGCACCUUCGAGCUGUUUCUGGAAGGCCCUGACGCCCCAGCCUUCAGCGUCUCCCCUACGCGAGCCGCAGGCUCAGCCGACGUUCAGGUGCUGGUUAGAGACUCCGAGAUGGUGGAUUACGAGAACAAGACGGUGAUGAUGGUGCAGGUGGUGGCCACUGAUGUGGUGAGCAAGAACUCUUCGGUGGCUUCCGUGACCAUCCAUCUCAGAGACAUCAAUGACCACCGGCCUACCUUCCCCAAGAACCUGUAUAUCUUUGAGGUGCCAGAGCAUAGCCCCCCGGGCUUUGUGGUCACCAACACCACCCUGGCUACCGACCCUGACACAGGCGAAUGGGGCCACAUCACCUACAGCCUGCUCCCAGGAAAUGGGGUGGAUCUCUUCGAGGUGGACCCGGACACGGGGACCGUGACGGUGAGAGACAGCUUGAAUCUGGACCGAGAGCAGCAGACGGUGUAUUUCCUCACUCUCCAGGCCACCGAUGGCGGCAACCAGGCCUCCACCACCAUGCUGGAAAUCCACCUUCUGGACAUCAAUGACAAUGCCCCCGAGGUCAUGGGUUCCUACAACGUCUUUGUCCAGGAGGAGCGUGGCAAUGUGUCCCUGACCAUCCUGGCCCAGGACAAAGACCAGCCAGGCACCAACAACAGCCUCUUGAUCUUCACCCUGCUACCAGGGCCCUACAGCCACAACUUCUCCCUGGAUCCCCGCACAGGCCUCCUCACGAACCUGGGGCCCCUGGACCGAGAGGCCAUUGACCCUGCCCUGGAGGGCCGCAUCGUUCUAGGGGUGCGGGUGUCUGAUUGCGGGGUGCCCCCUCAGAGCACGGAGGUCAAUGUCACCAUCACGGUGGAGGACAUCAAUGACAAUGAGCCCAUUUUCAACCAGUCCGGCUACCAAUUCCCUGUGGCGGAGCGAGAAGCAGGCAUAUGGGUGGGCACAGUGGAGGCUUGGGACGCAGACCAGACGGAGGCCAAUAACCGAAUCAGCUUCAGCCUGUCUGGCAGUGGUGCCAAUAACUUCCUGCUCCAGAGCUCAAUGCUGGGGUCCGGGAGGGCGGAGGGCCGGCUCCGGCUGCCCCCCGACGUGAGCUUGGACUACGAGACGCAGAAUUUCUUCCAGCUGACCGUGCAUGCCGAGAACCCAGGCCCCCAGGGGCCGGAGGCCACGGCCGACGUCCAGGUGAUCGUGGAGGAUGUGAACGAUGAGCCACCCACCCUGGUGGCGGCUUCUCUCCAGGAGAUCUCCGUGGCAGAGAACGGCUCUCAGCAUGGCCAGGUGGCAGAGAUCCAGGCUCAGGAUGUAGACACGGGAGCCCGGCUGGUGAUCGAACUGGUGGACGUCAUCUGUACCAAGGCCGGGCUGGACGUGGGCAGCCUGUGCCACGGGUGGUUCUCGGUGAAAGCCAAUGGCUCCGUGUACAUCAACCAGAGCGAGGCCAUCGACUUUGAGGCCUGUGAUCGGGUCAUGCUGGUUGUGCGGGCCUGUGAUCUCGACACGGAUCCCCGCUUCCAGGCCUACAGCAACAAUGGGACCCUGGGCAUCACCAUCGAGGACGUGAAUGACAACGCGCCCCACUUCCUGCUGGACAACAAGACCUUCGUCAUUAUCCCAGAGCUGGUGAUCCCUGACCAGCAGGUGGCUUACGUCCAGGCCAGAGAUGAAGAUUCGGGAGCCAAUGCCAACAUCAAGUUCUCUCUCCUCCGGGUGGAUUUUGUCUCUCAGGAUGGGACCACCACCCCAUUCAAUAACUACUUCCAGAUCUUCACCACGUCAGAGGCCGGCGUGUUUACCGGCAGUAUCCAGCUGGUAACCAGCUUGGAUUCCACUCUCCAGGGCACUUACCAAGUGACAGUUCAGGCCCGGGACCACGUCUUGGACAAUGUGACCCACAAGACUCAAAUCACCCUGAAUCUGUUCACGGUGGACCAGAGUUACCGCGUGAGGCUGCAAUUUUCCACCAGCAAAGACGAGGUGGGCGCCAACGUGGAGGACAUCAAGGCGGCACUGGCCCAAGCCACCAGGACCAGCGUCUACGUGGUGGACAUUCAGAACAUAAACCCCGCAGCCCGAGCCCAAGCCGUCUCCUACCUUGAUGCCUACUUUGUGUUCCCCAAUGGGACCGCGCUGACACUGAACCAGCUGAGCGUGAUGAUCCGGAGAGACCAGGACUCCCUGACACAGCUGCUCAACAUGGGGCUGGUGGUCCUGGUGAGGGGGGGGGAGAGAGGGAGGGGAAAGGGGAGGUAUAACGCCGAGCGGGCCAACCCCAUGCUGGACCUCCCCGCCAAAGACCUGGAGUACGUGUCCUCCUCCAGCGACCAGGACUACGUCAGCCUCAAUUCCCUGGACGAGAACUCCGUGGACGUGAACAGGGACAGUCAGGCCACCAAGAAGAAGCCUGGCCACAGCCCACCGGGGCCAGAUCUGGAGCCCCUAAGUGUGGUGUUGGCAGACAGGAAGAUGGGCGCCGAGGGCCCAGGGCGGGAGGUGCUGUCCUUCACCAACGCUAGCCUGGACACCACGGACCUGUGAAGACUGCCCCCCCAGCCCUGACCUGCCCCC